AUGAUAGUCGUAAACCCUUUAUUGACAAUAACAGGGCAGCAGAGGACCCCAGUGGGUCCCUCACCUUUUGAACCUCAAACAUGGGACAGAGAUUUAUUGCCUUCUGUAGUUCCAACUGACCCAAGACAGUUUUGUUCGGACAUUUUACAGCCAGAAACCAGAAAAACCAUGGCCAGAAGUAAUGAAAUGAUUCAAAGGCCUUAGACUGUAAGGACAGAGAUGGAAAUGUAUGCCAUUUAUCAACAAAGGAGAACAGGAAAAGUUAAUCCCAGGGGGCUAGUAGGUUUAGGACUACCUUUCCUUUAUGACUCCAGUAUUCCAGUAGGCCCAGGUACCUACCAUGGCACAUGCAUGUUUAAUGCCAAGGACCUACAUUUCCACAGAAGCCCCUUGAAAAGCCAUCAGGCAAACCCUAGGCUGGAGAGAUGGGAGCAGAAAUGUCACCUCAGGAAAGGGAUGAGAAAUAAGAAAGACCGUGAAAUGGAUGGUUCCAAAAGUCAAGCAGAAUUUAAAAUACUAGACCAGACUCACAUAUUUGCUGAUGAAGAUGAAGAGUUUACAAAAGAACCUGAGACUGAAGCAUUCAACAAUCAGAAAUAAAGGGAAAUCAAUGAAAAGCCAACUGCAGUACUUACCAAAACUUGUGGUGAGCUGGAGUUCAUCCAUAGAGCACCAUGGGCAGCUCAUAGCACUUCCCUGGAAGCUGAAGCCUGGGAUGGUAGGAAGGAGAAGACCUCAAAGCAGUCUUUUGCAGAAUGCAGUAAAAAGAACCCAAGUCCUCCAUUGGUUCUGCCAGGAACAUAUGGACUGGUUACAAUGAGAGAACGUCUUUCUUUGCAUGGUAACAUUCAGAAAUGGACUGCGGAUGACGUGUACAAUUUUAUUAGUGAUCUUCCAGGCUGCUCAGGCUAUGCUUAGGUUUUUAAAGAUCAUGCAAUUGACGGAGCAACUUUGCUCUUACUCACAGAGGAGCAUCUUGGCGACAGUAUGGGAUUAAAGCUAGGGCCAACACUAAUAGUUCAAUCUCAGGCAUCUCAGCAUGUGGGAAGUAUAUUUUAUAAGAAAAAUCUUUCACUUCCUAUCCAUAAAUAUUCUACAAGGCAAGCAUUUGACCCACCAGCAGAUACAUCCUCUCUUUUGGAUUAUGAUUCCUGGGGUGAUACAUCAGGAAUUCUUUGCACCCAGGACAUAAUUCCUAAAGGAAUUGAGCAACGUAGUAUGAGAAAUUAA